UUAAAAAUCGGUCAUUGUUGAUGUUUAUGUUGUGUUGUGUUUAUUCGUCUUUGGUCUUUAAAUGCUCAUGGUAGAAAUAUUUAGUAGAAUGAAGACUGCGUAAAUACACAAUAAAGUUUCCAUGCGGUUUCUGCCCAUCAAAUUAUUAUUACAAGACAUUGGUCAACCCAAGUGUGUGGAAGAAAAUACUAGCCCAAAUGGUUGUCCAUCAUCUUUAAAAACAUAGGAUGCAACAUUCUUCUUACUGUAUCUGCACCAUGAUGUGAAACCCAAUAGAACUACAUGGUUGAAAAGAACUACCAAAGUGGAACAAGAUAAACAAAGGCCAGAAUGACUUUCUCUAUGAAUUAUCCUCCGUACAACUUUCACUCAAUACUGUGGAAUUCAAGAGAAAGAAGAGACUUCUUUCCUGAUUGUGGAAGCUUAUGUGGUGUACAUGUUAACGAAACUGGAAAAGCGACUGUUCAAAAGGAACACAACAGUUGUAAAGGAGAACAUCUUUAUGCAAAGUUUUCAAGCCUCCCUUUAUUCCAGAAGCCUGAUGUUUUACAAGAACAUGAUGCCAUUGGGAUUCAUCGCCUCAACUACAUUAAAAAGAAAAUGACUUCCUUACACAAAAGACUUAAAAUAAUGAAGACUCUAUGUCAUCAGGAUGCCACUUGGCAGAUUCAUCUGUUGGAAAUUCUUAAGGCCUUACAUGCCACAGAAGAAGCGAAUGUGACUGAAACCAGUGCAUUGAAAAUGUUUUAUGCUAACAAUUAUUUACGAAACUUUUAUGAAGCACUUGGGAAGUUUUUGGAUGUCCAAAAUGUUUGGCAUUCCAAUCAUAAAUUUAUAGGUGGAUGUUUGCAAACAUUGAACUUCUCCAACCAAGCAGAUUCUACAAUAUCACUAGCUGCCAUAACUGGGCCUGAUUUCAAAACAAUCAAAAUCAUCACACCCAAGGUAAAUGACUCCAGCCUGCUUAACUUGGACAAAAAAUUUGUUCACAAGAUUAAAGUGAAUGAAGAAAUGUUUGACCUGUCUUGUCAAACUUUGUAUGACACAACAUACUGUUUAACUCGAACUGUUGACAAAUGUUUUCUGUUUGAGAUAAGCUGUGACAGUGAUGGAGAUGGAAUAAGCAGCUCUUUAAAGAAUACUCUUCAUUGUGAAGGGAAGACAUAUACUUCAGUAAACUUGAGUCCGUAUAUUGUGGGAGAAUGUCUUGUAGCUGACCAUACAAAUUCUGUCUUUCUGUGGGAUUGCAACAGAAGUGUUCAGAAUGUGGUUAAUCAACACCCUCACCGAUUCCCUUGCAAGUCAAAUUGGUGUAAUGUCCACUACGCUUCACAUCCACGGUCAUUUGUUUUCACUAAUCAAUCAGCUAUGGAACUGAUGGAUAUCAGGACAUCCUGUAGAAACCCAAGAGAUGUAUUUGCUCUUCCGAAUAAGUUUCUGUCUAAAGAUGAAAGAAUUUCUGCCUCAUGUUGUUCUCGGACAAAUCCAUUCCAUCAUUUUGUAGCUACAGAUCAUGGUUUGUUUCUCAUAGAUGAAAGAUUUCUUUGUCAUCCAGUGUUACAAUGGCAGCACAUGUUAGAAGGAAUCCCCCAUUAUUUAUCACCAAUCCAAGGUGCUGUCCAGUCUUCAGGUGAUGAAGUUCUUCUAGCUGCCAGCCAGUAUCCAAAUGAGGCCAUAUGUGUACAAUAUCGAACAGAUCCUAAUCACCCGCCUAUAUCUAUGUGUUCUCCUUGGCGAAUCUCAAGACCUGGAGAUUUAUACUUCAUUGAAAAGAUUAUCAAUCAAAUCAAAGAUAUCGUCGUUCAUGAAAGACUCUCUGAUCCCAUCGUCGGGGUUGCUGGGGAGGCUAUCAAUUCUGAGGGCAUGUAUGUUUUCCAGCUAAAUUCCCUUGGUGACAUCUUCUACCAAGCAUAUGGUGUAACUAAUGUUUAUGAAGACAAGACGUGCUCUGCUGGUCCUGGUGACAGCAUUGUGAAACAUUCAGAAGAAAUUAUUAGCAUCAGUAAAAACUGGUUAGAACACCUUGAAAACCAACUUGAAGAAGGGUACUCUCAACGCAUGAAGGCAAGGCCAACAUAUGAGGUGAAAGGAAUAUUUGAAGAUGUGAAAGGCCAUGUGUUGUGUCAGCUCUGCAUGCCUCAAUGUCAGAAUGAUAAUGUUGAUUCUGAUGAUGAUGAAAUCGUUACAGGAGUAUGCAAAGCAUGUAAUACCUCUUUUUUGACUAGCAAACACCUGCUUAGUGCUAUUGAAGUGGACGGUAUAAUGAAAUCAUCUGAUAUCUCUUAUAAUGCCACGCCACCAUCAAUAGAUAAGCUGACAGGUGAAAACAGAAGACUAUCAAAGAAAUUAUAUAAACACUGGUAUGAUGUGGAAAUGAGUUCUUCAGAAGAGGAAGAGGAAGUAGAAGGAGAGGAAAAGGAGGUAGAAGGAGGAGAGGAGGACAAUGGUAGUGAUGAUGUACGAGACAGCUCAAAUUCUACACCCAAGGAAACACCCACAAAAAGCAUUGUACGGUGGUCUGAUGCUGAAAGUUCUAAUGGAAAUUAUCCAUCUGCAACUGCUCAGGUCGACAAAGAAUUUGGUGAACGAGAGUCUCAACUUUCAUCACCAACACAUUUUCAGUCUUCAAGCCAACAAACAGUCUCAACUUCUGUUAAAGAAAUUUUUCUGUCUUUACCAACAUAUUUACAAGAAUCAGACAGACAUAAAACUCCUCACAAAACUGACUUUACUAAGUUAUCUCAUUCUCAGCCGACCACAUCUCUUCGAUCACAAACGUUUGAUUCCAGUAGCUUAUCACCACCUCUAUCACAAACAAUCCAUUCUAAGGAUUUCUCAAAAAGAAAAUCACUGUUUACUAAGACUGACAGCAUGUCAAAGUCACCAACUUUUUCAAGUACGAAUCAGUUUGAAGAUGGUUUUGGUGGGUCACCAACUCAUUCAAAAAUGCGUCAAUCUGCUGAUCCAUUUAGAAGAUCUCCAUCAAUUGAAAGACAGUCAUUAUUUUCACAACAACUUAAUCCAUUUCACAGCAUCAAUUCAUCCUUAUUAACAUCUAUGAGUCAACCAGUAAAAACAAUACGGAAACAAAAAUACCAAGAAGGAUUUUAAUCAUGUAUUCUAUUUGUUUUACUCAUUUGACUGUGGCCAUGCUGGAGCACCACUUUAAAGGGUUUCAGUCGAAGAAAUUGACCCGUGUGUUACCUACUUAGCAGUUUCAUUAAAUAAGGGUGAUGGUGGAUGAAUUAGACAUAGGUCAAAGAAGAUCCUUGAUCAUAUCAUGUAAAUGUUGAGAUGGUAUAUGGUAGUUUUAUUUGACAAGUGCCAAAUAGUUAUUAACCAAUAACUGAUUAAUGAAUGCUUCUCUACUAAAUGCAUAGAAAUCUCUCUUCUGAAUAUGUAUGCCACUUAUGAAAAUUUCUUAUUUACCUCUGACACACCUUUGGACCUACUUAGCACUUUUUCAUCAAUCAAUAUUUGCUGAAGAUUUUAGAUAUUAAUUUAUCAAUUCAUAAGAGUCCAGUAAUUGUAAAGAAUAUCUCAUGCACAUUCAUACUGAUACAUAUAUGUAAACUAGACAAAACUGCUCUAGAAAUUAUUGAAAAGAGGACAUUACUCAAAACAUUUAUGAAAUUAUAUAUUUAUAUAUUUUUAUAUCAAA